AUGUCACUUUCGUCAACAAAUUCGCUCGGCAAAACCACGGCGUGGCUUUCGGAUCCAGCUCAACACCGCCGCGUUCUCCUCUCUCUCUCUCUCAUAGCCUCUCUGGCCACGUUUCUCCUUACUGCCAUCAGCGCUCAGUUUCCGCCCUUCGAUGCGUCCCCGAAAGUUCUCCUCUUUUCCAAUGGCUCACCAUCUCUGCCACGUGCGCUCGCGAGCACCGUACUACGCUGGGACGCGUUCUACUUCGCCCACAUCGCGCGAGAAGGAUACGUUUACGAGCAAGAGUGGGCAUUUUUUCCGGGAUCUCCGCUGAUCAUGCGCAUGGUGGGGAGUGUCUUUCCACAAAGCGAAGAAGGGUUGAGCUGGGAGCUGGCCCUACUCGGGGGACUUGUCGCGUCGAGCGUGUCCGCGUUUUCCGUGCUCACGCUGUACGACCUGUCGCUGCUCCACCUAGGGUCCCCGGAUGCGGCGCUACUCUCGUCGGCGCUGUCUCUACUUCCCAGCAGCCCAGUGACCCUGCGCCUCGCCGGAUGUAGUGAACCAUUCUUCACCGCGCUUUCCUAUCAGGGCAUGCUUCACUGCGCGCGUGGGCAGUGGCUCCUCGCAACCCUCAGCUUUGCAUGUGCAGGCGCGUUCCGAUCGAAUGGCAUCCUGCUUUGCGCGUUUAUCCUCUGGGGUUUGGUCGCCGAGCCGCUGCUCGUUAAACGCCAGAUUCCCCUACGUGACACAUUCUACGCGGCGUUCCUGUCCGUGGUGGUGUGUGGCCAUUUCGCUGUGCAUCAGUACACCGCAUAUCGUGCAUUCUGUACGCACUCCACCUCACCCGCAGAGUGGUGCGCCUCCUUUCCUCCAACCAUCUACGCAGCCGUCCAGUCCAAAUACUGGUACGUCGGCUUCCUGCGCUACUGGACGCCUCAGCAGAUUCCCAACUUUCUCCUCGGCGCACCCCCACUGGCCCUGCUCUUCGCGUUCACCGGUCACUAUCUCCGGCAGUCUCUCGUCCCCCGCACCCUCGCCUCCUUCCGCCCCUCUUCACCCGGCGGCCACUCCGAAGCCCAGCGCUCGCCCUUCCUGCACGCCAGUCUCGCCCCACACGCGCUCCAUGCGUUUACGCUCUCCCUCAUCCUCCUCUUCGCCUCGCACACCCAGAUCGUCCUGCGUUUCGCAGCGGCGAUGCCGAUCACAUACUGGGCCGCGGCGUGGCUGUUGGUCGAGUGGCCACGGCUAGGCCAGUGGUGGGUCGGCUGGAGCGUCGUCUACGGCGCAGUGAGCUGCGUCCUGUGGGCGAACUUCUUGCCUCCCGCUUGA